CGGAAUAUCACCGUGCUGUUGAGAGUACUGAUAUCUUAAAAAUACUGACAUUUAAAAUACGAAACACAAUGACUGCCGUAUAGGCUUACCAUGCUGCUUUGUAUGAGAUACCACCUCGUUCAACACUCAGAUCAAUCUGACGGCUCUGUCCUAUCCACGUGAAUACAAAGACUCUCCCCCGCGCAUGCGCGGCACCGGAUCACCAUGACCCACUGACAGGAACUGCCCCACUGACAGCAGGCGAAUCGUAUCAAACUUGAGCAGGGCCCCCGCAGCAAAACCGGUUCCCUGCCGCAAUCACCUUCUGCUGCUCUAAAUACGAAAAUAAUUUAAAAUUCAAACCCACGAAAAAGGGCUCGAGUGGAUCACAUCCGGGGCGCCUGUCAAUGUCACCUCCGACCUUGGAAAACGGAGAAGUUCCAGAACGUUCUGGAAAUGGAGCCCGGGAACCUGCAUGGACCAUAAGCCAUUACCAGAACAUGAUAGGUCAGAGCGAAGUAUUGGCGUCACAUGGGGGCGCUGUAAUAUAGCCAUGCUCGCUCCGGGGCUGGGAGGAGGCCCGGACAUUGAUCAUCACGUGACCGUGUAGGAGGUAGAAGGUCUGCUAUCUGAUUAGACUUUUCGUCAGUCUGCAUUAGACACGUGUUUGAAAAUAUCCUCUCUGUGUCUGCCUGUCCAUUUAAUUUACUAUAUAGCUAUACGGUGAGUAGUGCCUCCUGCGUGCGCCGUGUAUGUCUCCACAACUAGCGUUAAGUGUUUUAUCGCUUUAAGUAAAAUGUUAGGUCUUUUUAAUGUACACAAGGGUUCCUGCAUGCAUUUCAUUCAGAAAUAUAUGUAUAUUUAUUAUUAUUAGGGGAUGUUUUGUUUUGUUUUUUUAAUCCGUAAAACACGUGUUUUGCGUUUUGACCUUGUGUUUUGUUUUAAUGUAAACUGAAGGUUUGAACUUGGAUGUAACUUUAAAAAAAUCUUAACUUUUGCAAAUUCCUUUUUGGUAAUGUUUAACAUGCGAAACAAACUAACACCCCAAAAUACUCCCCUUUUAUUUUCUUUUUCUCGGAAACUGAUUUAUUUGCGAAACUGAAAAAAAAUAUUUCUUAUCCUUUUGUUUUCCGGUGUUCUUGCCAUUGACCCAUAAUAUAACACGUGUAGAUGCUUGCAGAACUGGUUAAACUUAAAAUAACAAUUGUGGACAGUUUUAUGUAAUUUUGUGAAUGCAUUUUAGUAGCAUGUAAAGCUUAAGCAUUCUUGUAAUAAAGCUGUAAAUGAUAGUCACAAAAUAUUCACUCUACUCUAUAGAAUAAACAUACGUAAUAGUGUAGAUCUUGCAACUGGCGAUUGAUUGAUUUAUUCUCUUCUAAAGAAAUGCUUCGUUUGCCAACAAUUUUGCACCAAGUGAGGCCGGUGUCUUGGGCAUUAGCACCUCAUCUAGCCCGUGGGUAUGCUAAAGAUGUCAAAUUUGGGGCGGAUGCUAGAGCACUUAUGCUGCAAGGUGUUGACCUUCUGGCAGAUGCAGUGGCUGUUACUAUGGGACCAAAGGUACGUCUCUCAGAUACAUCAAGUAUCAUCCAAAAAGUGGUCUCUUUGUGUCAAAAUAUUGUUUGCUUGCUGUCCUUUAGUAUUAUUUGUAAACUAACUAGUAUUGUUUUAAAAAAAAAAAAAAAAUACUUGAUUAUGUAUUAAUGUUUUGAUAUGUUAUGUUAUAUGCAUGCACAGCUAUCAAGUAAUUUCUGCUAAGAGCAAUCCCCCUUUUUUUUUUUUUUUUCACAUUCCUAUUCAUGAUUCUUUGCUGGAAACAUUGUAUGUGAUUAGAAGGUUCUGAAUAUCUCAAAGAUCGUGAUUUCACAAGCUCUACUGAGCUUGUGAAAUCACUGGCAAGAAAAAAAUGGCUUCUUGUGCUAGUGUGAGGGCAUCACCGUAGGUUUACAAAAAAAAAAAAAAAACACACAUUGGUAAACUUAGACUACCAUCAUUUAGCAUGUGUUCUGGAACACUUGCCCUUGAGUGACCUUGUAUGUAAUGUGAUAAAAAAAAAAAGAAGUAAAGCAUUUAAACGUGUCAAGAAAAUUAAAGCCUGAAUAUUUAAUAUAUUCCCUAUUAUAUUGUUAACUGCUUACAACAGAAUACUCUGCAACCAUUUAGCCGAAUCGUAUAGUAAGACUCCUACACAAAACAUAAGUGGGGUUAUUGUCUGUUUUACUUUGCUUUUUAUAGCAAUGUUCUUUUGAUAGACUGGCUAAUUUGCUGACUGCAUCUCACAAUAAUGGUUGUUUCCUGACCUUGAAACACUCCAGUCCACAUAACAAGUGUUUCAUUAAGGACUUCUAGUUGUGUUAUUUGCUGUAAAUCACUGCCAUGCCUUAUUUUGAAUUAGUGGCUUUUAUUUUGUAGGGCAGAACUGUCAUCAUUGAACAAAGCUGGGGAAGCCCAAAAGUAACAAAGGAUGGUGUCACAGUAGCAAAAGCAAUUGAUCUAAAAGACAAAUAUAAAAACAUUGGUGCCAGGCUAGUUCAAGAUGUAGCAAAUAACACAAAUGAAGAGGCAGGAGAUGGAACUACAACAGCAACAGUCCUUGCAAGAUCAAUUGCAAAGGAAGGCUUUGAAAAGAUCAGCAAAGGUGCAAAUCCAGUAGAAAUAAGAAGAGGUGAGUACUAAAAUAUGCAUACAGCCAUUAACCAAGGGAAGGGAAAGUUGCGUCUUUUUGUGAUAUAUUUAGAAUUGCCUAAAGCUAGGUACCCAGAUGUUUUGGAAAUAGAACUUCCAUGUGAAGGCUUACAUCAUAGGAGUUAUAGUUCUGUAACAUUUGUAGGUCUGUGUUUUGGGCAUCCCUAUCAUGUCCUUGGCUAUUAAAGGAACGCUUUGGGCACCAGCAGUAUUUAAUUCCAUAUGAUCUGUUUCAGCCUCCUGCUUGGAUUUUCUCCAUAUUAAAAUCUCUUCUGUUUUUGUUAUAAAUACUAUACAGAAAAAGGACAGUAAUAGCUUUGAGGCAUAGUUGAGUCAGCAGUUCAUCUUGCACUCCUAUCUCAUUGGCAAAUGGUUUACAGUUAAACUUCUUCUCUGAAGUCUGCUGUUCAUCGCUCACCACCUGCUCAACUUCUGCCAAAGAGCUGGACAUUUUUAAGCAGGAGUUUGUUAGCCCUCCUGAGCUAAGCUGUGCUAUGUAGAGAUAUCUCAUUGACUGUGCAUUACCUGAUUACUCUCAGCCAGUGAGCUAAAUCCCUAUACUGCAAGCUUAAAUCCGACAAUGCUUCUGGCCGUCUGUGUGACAUAGUAAAAGUUGGGUGUGGUGCCUGGUUGACCCUUGGCAGGAGUAGUGUAGUGGUUAUGUUGCUUAGAGUGCAUCAUAGCCAUUAAAUACUGGUGCUUGUAUAACCUGAAAUUGUCAUAAGGUAAUAUAUCCCCCUGUCUUUUUGUCAGUUUUUGAGCUGUUUGAUAAACCUCACUUACCCAGCAACUCUGUAGCUAAACUGUUAUUUAAGCUGUUGAAGAGGGGAGCAACUCGUUAGCUACUCAGUAGAGCCUAUUUUUUUGGCAAACUGUUUAAGUAGUUUAAUAGAAAACUGGGUAUUGGCACAUAAAUGAUCAUAAGACUUUUAGCCUCACGGGUUAGAGGGCUUAAUUCAUGCAUUUCUUCUCUAGGAAAUGGCAAGUUGUAGAAUGCAAGUAACAUGGCACAUGUAUGCAGGUAUACACAAACCUGCCCUAUACAAGAAGAUAGCAGAAGUUGCUGCCUAAUCUAGAUUACAGUAAAACCGAAACAUUGAUUAGGAUCUUUUUCUCUUAAAACUAAACUUGCUUGUGUGGAUCAAGGGCUAAUGGGAUUAGCUGUAGAUACCACAGAUGGCUUGAUCUAUUUGGGAGAGGGUUACGGAGGUAUAUGAUCAUGCUGAAAGCAGAUAAGAACCAAAUAGCUUAAUUUAACUAAAACUAUUGAAUAAUUUUGUUAAAGUUUACUUUUGUCUAUUGUAAGGUGUCAUGUUGGCAGCUGAUGCAGUAAUUGCAGAGUUGAAGAAACAAUCCAAGCCUGUUACAACACCCGAAGAAAUUGCUCAGGUAAUAAGAUUGAAAUAGUUGGUGUGUAUAAUAGGCUGAGUUAAUUUGUUGCCGUUGAUCUUGGUGUUCUGUUAAUCUCUGCCAUCUAGAUUGGUUUUAGGUUGUGUGAAUUCCACGCUACCAUUAUGGCUGAGGUGGCAUUCCCUAGGUGCCAGGAGAGCCAUAGAGGGCUUUUGUUUUGUGUGUGUCCCAACCUGCUCCCUGGCACCCAUAGAUUUUCCCAGGCUACACUAAAUGAAGUGAUUAUCGUGCAUAGAGUUCCAGUUUAAGUCUAUGCCUUGUUUCACCAUUCAAUUUCUUACAGGUUGCUACCAUCUCUGCAAAUGGUGAUCAGGAAAUUGGCAAGAUAAUUUCAGAUGCCAUGAAAAAAGUUGGCCGUAAAGGAGUAAUAACAGUCAAGGUAAUUCUCCACAACAACAACUGUGUCUUCCUAUAUAGUACUUUAUAUUCUGUUGGAAAUUUAUAAUGUGCGCGUGCACACGUAAAGUUUUUAUAAACAAACAUUGAACUACUCACUAAUAUAGUAUGUUUCUUGACAAAUAUUUUCAGGAUGGUAAAACUCUUCAUGAUGAGUUGGAGAUAAUUGAAGGGAUGAAAUUUGACAGAGGAUACAUAUCACCGUACUUCAUUAAUACUACUAAAGGUAAAUGUGCAUAGUAUGGUUAAAGUAGUUUUAUUAAAAAAAUGUUUGGUGGUGGGGGGGGAUUCUUUUCCACUAAUGUACAAUUCUUGUUCUUGUCUAGGCCAGAAAUGUGAAUUUCAAGAUGCAUAUCUCUUGCUCAGUGAAAAGAAGAUUUCCAGUAUUCAGUCUAUUGUGCCUGCUCUAGAACUUGCCAAUGCUCAUCGUAAACCCUUGGUUAUAAUUGCUGAAGAUGUUGAUGGGGAGGCUCUAAGUACACUGGUUUUAAACAGGUGAACUCCAUUAUGCUAAAAUUACUUAUCAGAAUGUCAUUUAUUAUAUUUAUUUAGAAUUCUCCAUCUUUCUCAUAUUCUAGCAUUUAAAGUGUGUGUUAAAUUUUAUUUUUUAUUUAUUUUAUUUUAAUGCAUUUGUUUUAUACGCAAUUUACAGUUGGGAGCACUAGCCUUAAUUUUUUUAAAAGAAAAAAAGAUAGAGGUAAGGGCUGCGCUAGUAUACAGGAAAUAAUAUGGUAAAAAUUGAAUAUGCCAAAAUGAAUAGACAGCAAUAGAAGGACCUAGGUAUAAUAGUCUCUAUUAAAAUACCAUAAAAAAAUAGGUAAAACAAAGACCAUCCAAGUGUUUAAAAUGUUCAGUAGAGAUCAAAUAGUAUAAUGUUCAAUAAAAUACAUAGAACUAUCUCAUUGGUAUAUGGAUGGGGUAUGUGUACAAUCCUCAGUUGAUCCGUCCGGGUUGUAGGUAAUCCAUAUAUGUGAAGCUAAACAAACACGACAAGCUUCCAAUGGUGAAAUAUUGUAGCUCCAAAGGUAAAAUAAAUACAAUAGUACACUCACAUUUGGUGGAGCUAAGACCAGCUCUGGGAUCAAGAGCGCUUAGCGGUAUAAUCCCCGCUAGAGGAUAUACUGGAGAAGUGGGUCUGUCCGUUCGACUCUGAUUCCGUCGUACUCCACAGGAUAUAUAUAAAAACAGCAAUAGUGCUCUCAGUAGGAAAAGGAAAAUUUAAAAUAAAAUAUACUCACAAUGGUAGAGCAGAAAAUACUGCUCUAUAGACACCGCAAUGGUGGAAUAAUCCCCACCUAUGGAUUGCUUGAAACAGGAUACAGUAAAAUGCCAGGAAAAAAUAAAAUGUAAUUGCGAGUGGCUCGCUCGUGGAGAUAGUACAGCCCCCAGCUGCACGUGACCGGCAUAUGGGAGCAGAGCUCCCAGGGAAAUGUAGUCAGGUCACAGUGCACAUUAGAAGGAGCGGCGAGCGGCUGACUUGGAACUACUAGUAAUCAGUCGCACCCUCCCCUUACUGGCCAAGCUAUGGACGCUCCUUCUAAUGUGCACUGUGACCGGCGUGACUACAUUUCCCUGGGAGCUCUGCACCCACAUGCCAGUCACGUGCAGCUGGGGGCUGUACUAUCUCCAUGAGCGAGCCGCUCGCAAUUACAUUUCCCAUGCAGCAAUGCCCCACCCUCAGGGCCCACCUCCCGCCCGGCUCUAGAAGGGGGAAAGGGGUAAAAACUUACCUUUUUCCAGUGCUGGGCGGGGAGCUCUCCUCCUCCGAUCCUCCUUCUCUCCUCCCCGUCGGCUGAAUGCACACACGCAGCAAGAGCUGCGCGCGCAUUCAGCCGGUCGCAUAGGAAAGCAUUAUCAAUGCUUUCCGAUGGACGCUGGCGUGCUCUCACUGUGAAAAUCAGUGAGAAGCACGCAAGCACCUCUAGCGGCUGUCAAUGAGACAGCCGCUAGAGAGAAUGGGGGAAGGCUUAACCCAUUCAUAAACAUAGCAGUUUCUCUGAAACUGCUAUGUUUAUUAAAAAAAAAAAAAAGGGGGGGGGGGGUGGUUAACCCUAUCUGGACCUGGCACCCAGACCACUUCAUUAAGCUGAAGUGGUCUGGGUGCCUAGAGUGGUCCUUUAAAUUGUGUAUUUUAAGCAAUAAAAAGUUUUUUGUUUUUUUUAUUCGGUUACCUUUUUUAUAGGACCAAUCUUAUACUUAUUUUAUUGUAUAUACACUUUUCUUUAUUUUUCCUGGCAUUUUACUGUAUCCUGUUUCAAGCAAUCCAUAGGUGGGGAUUAUUCCACCAGUGCUGUCUAUAGAGCAGUAUUUUCUGCUCUACCAUUGUGAGUAUAUUUUAUUUUAAAAUUUCCUUUUACUUUUCCUAACGAGAGCACUAUUGCUGUUUUUAUACAUAUAUUCUGUGGAGUGCGACGGAACCAAAGUUGGACAGACGACCCAUCUCUCCAGUAUAUCCUUUAGCGGGGAUCAUACCGCUAAGCACCCUUCAUCCCAGAGCUGGCCUUAGCUCCACCAAAUGUGAGUGUACUAUCUCCUUUUUAUUUAUUUUACUUUUUUAGAGCUACAAUAUUAUACCAUUGGAAGCUUGUCGUGUUUAUCUUCACAUAUACGGAUUACCUACAACCUGGACGGAUCAACUCCUGAGGAUUGUACACAUACCCCAUCCAUAUACCAGUGAGACGGUUUUAUGUAUUUUAUUGAACAUUAUACUAUUUGAUCUCUACUGAACAUUUUAACCCCUUAAGGACACAUGACAUGUGUGACAUGUCAUGAUUCCCUUUUAUUCCAGAAGUUUGGUCCUUGAGGGGUUAAACACUUGGAUGGACUUUUUUUUUUUAACCCCUACUGAAAACCUAAUUAAACAUUCUUACCUUGCUUAUUUUUUAGGUUAAAAGUUGGUCUUCAAGUUGUUGCUGUGAAAGCUCCAGGUUUUGGAGAUAACCGAAAGAACCAGCUGAAGGAUUUGGCCAUUGCAUCUGGUGGAGUUGUAAGUGUGUGUGUUGCCUAAAUGGUUAGAAACAUUUAAUAUUUUUCAGACUACAUUAUUUUUAUUUUACUUCUAGGUUUUUGGAGAAGAAGGAUUAACGCUAAAUAUUGAAGACAUUCAAGCUCACGACUUUGGUAAAGUGGGAGAAGUUAUUGUAACUAAAGAUGAUACUAUGCUAUUGAAAGGCAAGGGUGACAAAGCACAGAUUGAAAAACGUAUUCAAGAAAUUCUUGAGCAGUUGGAAUCCACAAACAGUGAAUAUGAAAAGGAAAAAUUUAAUGAGAGACUAGCUAAGCUUUCUGAUGGUGUUGCUGUCAUCAAGGUAAGAACACUGCUCUGUGUGUCAGUUAAACUGAAACCCUAAAUAACAGACACAUAUUCCCUGUUUUUGACAUUUCUAUAACAAUUUUCAAUUCAAUGGCUUAAAAAAAAUCACGAUAAUAAAAUGGUUCUUUAUGGUAAUACCUGAAUAUAUAUUAACAGGACUCAAAAUUUCCCAUAGCCAUUGGUGAUUAAAAAUUUAGUCCUGGUGAUUAGAAAUUCACUUAUACUAUGCCUUGCAGUGGUGAGUCAUUUUCUACAUCCUAGAUAGUGGCAUAGCAGUAUACAAUUUUAAGCCCUGAUAUUUACAUAUCCCACAUAGUUCAAUUUGUGAGAGAGAGAAAUUGUUCUGUGCUGUCCUUUUUCAUUUCUUUGCCCUUUUUGCAGGUCUCUCCCUUCCCCACAAAUUCAUUCAGGCUGGUAUUCUUAAUUUCUGGUAUUCCCUUCCUGUAUGCCCUCCCUUUUACUAAGACUGCUUUGUCGUGGACCAGGUGUACAAGACUGUGGUAGCCCUGGUUUCCCCCAAAAAGAGCAGUUUUGGUCAGGAGCUUGGGUUCCUCACGUCUGCUCAGCCUGGAAGCUAGGCUCCGCCCCCCAUAUAUACAAAGGUUAAUCUUUUUGCUACCGGAGUUGUAACUCCACCUCUGGCAGUAUUAUUAGCAAGCUUGUGACAAGAGCUGGCUAAUAACUGUGUACAUAUUCCUAUGAAGAGGGGCAUUCAAUGGCUGAGAGUGAUCAGCUGACACACUCUGCUAAGGAAUGAGUGGCAGGAUCCUCACUCUGCUCUGCAUAAGUUUGUCAAGCCUGCUGCAUAGGAAACCUGGCAUGGACAAAGGUAAUGGGGCAAACUGUUAGUAGGUAACGGUGCCAGGGUGUUCUGGGCAUCAUAACUGUACAGCAUGACUGGAAUAACUCCAGUGGCGGAACUAACGCUGGUGCAGCUGCACCAUGUUAUGCACGCUUCGGGGGCCCAUGCACCAAGGUCCACCCAAUGGGUAUUACUGCUAAACAGGGUCCCAGUCGGCGCCGUGGCCCUUUAAGAGCCUGACUGGGCCCCUGCACUAUCGGCACGUCUCAUCGGGGGCCGGUCGGGUGUUUCGGCCCUUUAAUAUAUGCUGUUAGGAAGGGACUAUCUUUCACUUCCUCCCACUCUACAGGCUGCAUGGGCUGAGACCAAAGAAAGGCACUAAGGAGGGAGUUCUGUAGGCAGAGCUCCUCCGACUCCCAUCAGCGGCAGCCAGCCCCAGAGAGUCCCCUCCAUGCAAUUAAAAGGUAUGGAAGCAGGGGGUGCUUAAUAAAUUGCCAUAUGUGUCAGUCUGUAUAUGUGCGUGUCAGUGUGUUUAUUCCAGUCUUUGUAUGCGUGUAUAGGUAUUUGUAUGCCGGUAUGUGUCAAUGUGUGUGUGUCUUUGUAGGUAUAUGUUUGCAUCAGUGUGUCUAGUAGGGGGGGACACAAUAAUUUCUUGCACAUCCCCUUUAGUUGCACCACCGAGUAACUCUUUAACACUAUGCAAACAUACUGUUUUAUAAAUACCUACAUAAAUGCUGUAUGUAAUGUUUGACAGCGCUUUAACUUGCUACUUGCUUGUAGCAAAUAACUGUUUAAAUGGCAUCUAAUACUCAAGCAAUUUAAUAAUUUUAUUUUUAAUUCCAAUCAAGGUUGGCGGCACUAGUGAUGUUGAAGUAAAUGAAAAGAAAGACCGUGUAACGGACGCAUUGAAUGCAACACGAGCAGCUGUAGAAGAAGGAAUUGUUCUUGGUGGUGGAUGUGCAUUACUUAGAUGUAUUCCAGCUUUGGAUUCUCUUUCUCCAGCCAAUGAUGAUCAGAAAAUAGGUAUUUUAUAGUGUGUGUGUGUGUGUGUGUGUGUGUGUGUGUGUAUUUAUUUUUGGAGACCUAUUUUGACCCCUCUUGUUCAUAGUAGUCAAAGACUAUUGGAGCUGGAGCUUUCUGUAACACCUCCUUUUCAGAUUAGAAAUGGCCAACUUCAUGAAAAGAGCACACUGAUCAUAAUAGUAGUUGCACCUAUGUUAGAGUGGAAAGGCACAGAUACAUGGAAUUAACCAUGACCAUCUACUCCAGUGUUACUCAGGAAUGUUUUGGGAAAAUGUCAGUAUUACUUGGCCUGUAAAGAUCGUUGAUGAUGCAUAUCCAAAAACUUGUAUUUUGUUUGCAGGAAUUGAAAUUGUGAGACGAACUCUUAAGAUCCCUGCAAUGACCAUAGCUAAUAAUGCAGGCGUAGAAGGGUCACUGAUUGUAGAAAAAAUCUUACAGAGCCCAUCAGAAAUUGGAUAUGAUGCAAUGCAAUCUGAAUUUGUAAAUAUGGUGGAGAAAGGAAUUAUUGACCCCACAAAGGUGAGAAUUGUAAAGUUUCAGUAUUUCCACUUUUAUAACCUAUUACGGACAGUAGAUUGUGUCCCAUCCCGUUCCCCCCCCCCCUCAACUACCCUGGUAAACUUUGUAUUUCACUUGAAUAAUAUAUCUCCUUCGUGGGCAGCGGACUGAAAAGUUCCAGUUUUGUCACCAUCUACCCAUUUACUGCUGUGGUGAUCAGCUGCUGAAUUGAGUCUGCAAGGGAGAGGUCUAUAUUAUACACUGCUCAAAAAAAUAAAAGGACCACAAAAAUAACACAUCCUAGAUCUGAAUGAAUUAAAUAUUCUUCUGAAAUACUUUGUUCUUUACAUAGUUGAAUGUGCUGACAACAAAAUCGCACACAAAUUUAAAAAAUGGAAAUCAAAUUUUUCAACCCAUGGCCGUCUGGAUUUGGAGUCACACUCAAAAUUAAAGUGGGAAAAACACACUACAGGCUGAUCCAACUUUGAUGUAAUGUCAUUAAAACAAGUCAAAAUUAGGCGUGUGUGUGUGUCCCCUCCACGGGCCUGAAUGACCUCCCUGCAACGCCUGUGCACACUCCUGGUGAGGUGGCGGAUGGUCUCCUGAGGUAUCUCCUCCCAGACCUGGACUAAAGCAUCUGCCAACUCCUGGACAGUCUGUGGUGCAACGGAUGGUGGAUGGAGCGAGACAUGAUGUGCUUAAUUGGAUUCAGGUCUGGGGAUCGGGCGGGCCAGUCCAUAGCAUCAAUGCUUUCGUCUUGCAGGAACUGCUGACACACUCCAGCCACAUGAGGUCUAGCAUUGUCUUGCAUCAGGAGGAACCCAGGGCCAGCCGCACCAGCAUAUGGUCUAACAAGGGGUCUGAGGAUCUCAUCUCGGUACCUAAUGGCAGUCAGACUACCUCUGGCAAGCACAUAGAGGGCUGUGCGGCCCCCCAAAGAAAUGUCACCCCACAUCAUUACUGACCCACUGCCAAACCGGUCAUGCUGGAGGAUGUUGCAGGCAGAACGUUCUCCACGGCGUCUCCAGACUCUCACGUCUGUCACGUGUUCAGUGUGAACCUGCUUUCAUCUGUGAAGAGCACAGAGUGCCAGUGGCGAAUUUGCCAAUCUUGGUGUUCUCUGGCAAAUGCCAAACGUCCUGCACGGUGAUGGGCUGUAAGCACAACCCCCACCUGUGGACAUUGGGCCCUCAUACCAUCCUCAUGGAGUCUUUCUGACAGUUUGAGCAGACACAUGCACAUUUGUGGCCUGCUGGAGGUAAUUUUGCAGGGCUCUGGCAGUGCUCCUCCUGUUCCUCCUUGCACAAAGACGGAGGUAGCGGUCCUGCUGCUGGGUUCUUGUCCUCCUACGGCCUCAUCCACGUCUCCUGAUGUACUGGCCUGUCUCCUUGUAGCUCCUCCAUGGUCUGGACACCAUGCUGACCCACAGCAAACCUUCUUGCCACAGCUCGCAUUGAUGUGCCAUCCUGGAUGAGCUGCACUACCCGAGCCAGUUGUGUGGGUUGUAGACUCCGUCUCAUGCUACCACUAGAGUGAAAGCACCACCAGCAUUCAGUAGUGACCAAAACAUCAGCCAGGAAGCAUAGGAACUGAGAAGUGGUCUGUGGUCCUGCAGAACCACUCCUUUAUUUUGGUUGUCUUGCUAAUUGCCUAUAAUUUCCACGUGUUGUCUAUCCCAUUUGCAAACAGCAUGUGAAAUUGAUUGUCACUCAGUGUUGCUUCCUAAGUGGACAGUUUGAUUUCACAGAAGUGUGAUUGACUUGGAGUUACAUUGUGUUGUUUAAGUGUUGCCUUUAUUUUUUUUUUUCAGCAGUGUAUAUAGUUCCUCCACUAUCAGACUUAUUAUAGUAAGUUCUACAACUUUAAACUGAGUAAUACCAGCUCUGUUAAAGAUCUCUAUCCAAGACAUUUGUUUCAUUGUGUUGGCAGUUUUAAAGAAUAAGUGUUUAAAAUAAAAAAUAAAAAAAAAAACCUUUCCUUAAGGGGAUAUGUAAAAUGUGUACAUAAAUAUGAAAUGUCCUCUUCAUCCUAGGUCGUACGAACUGCUUUAAUGGAUGCAGCUGGCGUGGCAUCACUCUUAACAACUGCUGAAGCAGUAGUGACAGAAAUUCCUAAGGAAGAGAAGGAUCCUGGAAUGGGAGGCAUGGGUGGAAUGGGAGGCAUGGGUGGUGGCAUGGGAGGAGGAAUGUUCUAAAGAACCUUCUGAGCAAAGAACUCAUACUGCCAUGUCUUUAGCAUGAUUGAGAGCACUAAAGUGUUCUGAAUAGAAGAUGUGAAGAUUAUGAGCUUGGAGGCUCAUGUUUGCAUACCGUUGAAAGUCAGUUGGGAUAACGCACUUGUUUACUGCUGUCAUAAAACAUGCUUUCACAUAAUUUAUGUAUUUUUGGAAUACCUUUGUACAUUCCUUAUUGGGUGCCUGUACCAACGUCUGUCAAUCUACUAAAUUACAAUUCCUUUUUUUUUUUUUUUUUCUAAAGAUUAAAGGUCCUAAUAGUUUUGUUUUAAAUUAAUUUCCAGGGGACUACUGUCCAACUAUCCGUAUAAAUAUGUUGUUUGGCAACUGAAGUAACUGGUCAUGUGUAUAUACAAGUCUACACUUAAGUAGUGACGCGUUCCAUUGCAUUAUGUUUUUAGGGAUUAUAAACACAAUUACUGGAGAUAAACCUUGUAAACAUUACAAAUAAAAGGUAAUACAUGCUAUGGUCUAUUGGAAUUUGAGUUAUUUAAAUUUCAAAAGUGCAUCAUUCGUCUGUUUCACCCAGAAUUGUUGUAGAAUGUGACCUGUUGGUUGGCGCGAACAUUAUUGAAUGAACUGUUUGUAAAACCUCCUCCAAUUUAAUCUAGACUCAGAGCAGGUGUAUUUAAAGAUGUGAAAUUCAACAUUCUGUAAAUGGGAUUGAUUUGGAGAUAUUAAAUUAUUUGAAGAUGGUUAUAAAUGUAUUGAGUAACAAUGUGCAUAGCCUGCAACUGUAGGGGCUGAUAAGGUACUGUCUCCUCCUGUAGACAUUUUGGGCUUCAGUUUUUAAAUAAUGUCAUAGAACAAUUUUUAAAAAGUACAAAAGCAGGCUGCAAAAGGCACAUUUAAGUAAAAAUAGCACAAUGGGAGUACAUUUGAUAGGUCAUCGUCUCUUUUCAUAAUGUAUUUCUCAAAUCCUUAAAGGACCACUAUAGGCACCUAGACCACUUCAGCUCAAUGAAGUGGUCUGGGUGCCAGGUCCAGCUAGGGUUAACCUUUUUCUUUUUUUUUUUUUUUUUAUAAACAUAGCAGUUUCAGAGAUGUGGUGACCUAAUGACCCUAUAGUGCCAGGAACAUUAGUUUUUGGGGGUUGCAGGGGGGAAGGAAACUACCUCUCAUUGGACCUACAAAGUACAGGUAAGCCAAUCAGAAGUUAUUAUAAACUCUGCACCACCUAGAAUUGCCAGUACUGUCUUUGUCUGUAUUCCUUAGAAUCUCAUUUGUAGUACAGCCAGGAGCUAAAUUAUUGGCUGAGGGUAGUCAUGUCUGUGACCAUGCUCUAAAGUUUAGUUGGCAAGAUGGUUUGUUACACUUGUUUUUUUUUCUUUUCUUUAAAUUAAAAAAAAAAAAAUGUGUGUGUGUGUGUUAAAAACAAUGAGUGUCACAAGUGCACUUGGAAAACAUGGAUUAAAUGUGUUGAAUACAGUAAGUGUCGAAUAAACGGUUAAACAAUUUUUCAUUGGUUAAGUGAAUUCAAAGUGC